GUUAUGAUAGUUGCAUAAAUAAAAAAUUAAAAUUAAGUGAUAAGAUUUUAGGAAUCACUUGUAAAGACUUCAGUUUAAAAUUUGUUUGUUGUUUAAUAUGUUGCCGAUUUUCUGUCCAAUUAAUGUUUAAAAACAGAACACAAAAUGUUGCGGACUUUCUUAAAAACGUUGCGACCUCUUAUUAGUACUAAAAUAAGAGCUGUGGGAGGAGUGGGCGGAGUGGGCGACGGGGCCGCCGUGGGCAAGGAGCAGCAGCUGGCGGCGGCGCUGCGGCGCGCUCUGCCCGGCAUCACCUACCUCAGCGUCGAGGACAUCUCCGGCGGCUGCGGCGCCAUGUUUGAAGUAAGUGUGGAAGCCAAAGAAUUUGCGGGACUGUCUCGCGUGAAGCAGCAUCGCUUAGUGACAGAGUCCCUAAAGGAUGAAAUAGCAGAAAUGCACGGGAUACGCAUUCACACCACGCCGCCUACAUCUUCUGAAUAAAAUACAAUAAAGCUAUAGCUACCUAAUAUUAGUCAUUGUUUUAAAUAAAAUGUUGUUAAAAUAG